GCCCUUCACAGUCAAGAACUUGCAGGUUCUUCCCACUUCCCACUUCCCAAGAUUUGUCGCCGCAGAAAUUUCAGCCCGCCUCGCAUCAGUACCCUCCAUCCGCCUUACAGCUCAAGCCUUUAAAGAAAAAUACCCAGUCAUCCUGCAGCUUAUCGUCGAUUAUGAACUGAAAGCACACAAGCACCUGUCUCUCAGUGUUUUGGUUACAGUGCCAGAGAUCACGACCAACGAAGCUUUCUGUGUGAUAGAACAUAUAGUACCACUUCAGUAUAAUGUAUCUGGCACCUGUUACACUGGCCCCAUCAACCGCGACGAUCUGGCCCUUGUUACCUGUCCAAAACUCUCAAGUCCUCUUUAAAGUGUCUUAGUGAUAAAUCAUCACUUAUGUGCCCUGCUAAUAUUCUAAGGGGUGCUCAAGAUGUCACCUGGUUAGGCAUUCCGUGGGCCCCAAACUCUCGUCUUUCCUUUCCUCAAAGCCAUACAAGACUCGAUAAUUACGACAAUCAUCAUGACUUGGUUCACCUUGGUGGCCGUUAUUAUCUAUCCACAACAUCAACCGAUCUAUCAGUCAAGAAUGGUUCCAAGUCCUGAGUGCUCCCAUUAUCUCCACUGAUGGUUUAUCACCUCCCAUGUGAUGUCUCGUUUGCUACACAAGAAACAGGCUUUGGUACUUGCCCCUCCAGUCUCAGAAUUGAUGUGCCGAUAUUUUUGACUGUUCAACUAAGUUACAUCCCCUGGCAUGUCGCAAUGGACAUUUCCACAAUAAACCUUCAUUACAAGUUUCUUUACUUUAACAAGAAUAUAACCCAUACUGGGUAAUGGACAACACGUUUGCUAACCUGGACGGCCAACUUGGAUCAAAGCUCAUCCAAAUAAGGAAGGACAUUGCAACUAUUACAGAAACUUCAACCACAACAGUUAAUGAUAUCCUGACGUACAUUGCAUUUUCGCUUGCUGUUUUAAACCUUCUGCUACUUUGCCUUAUCUUCGUUUUGGGACGACACUUAUAUUACAGUCACGGCAUUCGCAAGCCGGAAGAAAUAGACCUCCGCCACAAAGAACAAGUUACUACGGAAGAUCCACGCUGCAUAGGCUGUAACCACCUCUUACAAGCAACAGAUCAUGAAGACCCUGACAAAGUGAACCACGCAUCGAUACACGAACACCUCGACUCUUCAACACAGCACACCUUUGAGAAUUUCUGUGUUAUGGAAUAA